CUUCAAACUGAUGAUGUGUCGAGAAGUGGCAAUGACUUCCGCGUCACCGCUGUGUACAGUUGUGAUUGGAAGUGUAGUUUACUGAGCUAUCCACGGAACAAUGGACAUAUGACGGGUUAUUUAUCGCUUCCGCUGUAUACGAGUUAGUGUAAACUUGUCUUUUUUAUGUAGGUAGGUUGAAAUUGGAGCACCGACUGGAAGUUUUGAAUUCAAACAUCAAGAAAACAAGCUAGCCACCUGGGCAGGUGGUCUGUCAAAGGCAGUUUUGAGGAAAAUGGAUAUCCUUUGUGAGAUAGUUCAAGCUCUUUUCGCUUUGGCAGCUCUUGGUUUGAUUGUGAGAACUUCACGGACAGAGAUACAUCUGGUUUGAAUGUCUAGCUUCAGGGAGUCCAACAAAAGCCAGGGCCAUCUCUUAAAGAGAAUCCAGCUGAGGGAUAGGGUUGCUACCAGUGCAGAGCUUGCUGAGGAAUGGCAGCAGCCAGGUGCUUGUAGUCGCACAUUUGACUGCAGAUAUGGUGAACCUGACACGCCACGAGAAUGAGAAAUAUUUCCUCACAGCCACAGGAGAGAAGAAGCCCUUCCCAAGUCUGCAUGAUCCAUUUUCCAGAGAGCUUUCUGUGGUGAUACCUGCCUACAACGAGGAGCUCCGAAUGCCUGUGAUGCUUGAUGAAGCUAUGCAGUACUUAGAAAACAGACAAAAGCAAAACCCCUCUUUCACCUAUGAGGUCAUUGUGGUUGAUGAUGGCAGCAAAGACAAAACCACAGAGGUUGCUUUGCAGUACACCAACAAACACAGUGCUGAUAAAGUGAGGGUCCUGACUCUGGUCAAGAAUAGGGGGAAGGGAGGAGCUGUACGAAUGGGAACUCUGAGCUCCAGGGGGAAACUCAUACUGAUGGCAGAUGCCGAUGGAGCCACAAAGUUUUCCGACAUUGAGAAAGUGGAGGCUGGACUUAAAGACCUCAACCCUGGACCAGAGAACUUGGCCAUUUCUUGUGGCUCCAGAGCUCACCUAGAAAAAGACUCCGUAGCUCAGCGAUCUGUGUUUCGUACAUUCCUCAUGUAUGGCUUCCACUUCCUGGUGUGGUUCUUCUGUGUGAGAGGAAUCAAAGACACACAGUGUGGCUUCAAGCUUUUCACACGUGAGGCUGCUCUCAAGACCUUCUCCUUUCUCCAUGUAGAGCGAUGGGCUUUCGAUGUGGAGCUCUUGUACAUUGCCCAGUGUUUUAAAAUCCCCAUAGCAGAAGUGGCAGUGAACUGGACUGAAAUAGAAGGGUCCAAACUGGUCCCAUUUUGGAGCUGGCUGCAGAUGGGACGGGAUCUGAUUGCCAUUCGCCUGCGCUACAUCACCGGAGCCUGGAAACUGCACUCACCACAUAAAACUGAUUAGCCAAUCAGACAAGCAAUUGUGUCAUAGAGACAACCUGUUACAGGACCAUGGAGCCUUACAGCAAGGAGGGGAAAGUUAUGUGACUGUGGUUUACUGUAAUCAUCAGAAAAAAGUAAAGCCUAAAUCAAUUUUCUUUCCAAGCGUUAUUGGAAGUGAGGUAAUGACACAGUUGUGGGUUCCUGCUGGUCCUGCCUUUUUAUGUGGAUACUGGCUUUUAUUGGCCACUGUUACACAUGCAUUUCUGUUGCCGCAGCUAACAGAAUGUCUGACUGAUCCUGUACUGAUGGCUUCUGAUGUUUUUAUUGUGCUCAGUCAGCUAAGAAUGCAAGAGUUGUACAAAUCUGAAAGACCUGAUCAUCAUCUGUUGACUCUCUGUAAUCUUCAAAAGAAAGGACAAAUAUUUGUUGAUGGGGUAAAUGAUUUAAAACACAAUUAAACAUCCAAGAAGAA